GCGGCAACCUUCCGCCUCGCGUGAGAAGCAAGUUACGAAAUCCAAAUUACCAAACAAGUCAUUGUCACCACUUUGCUUCCACGUCCCUGCAAAUGGGGCUUGACAAAUUCUGCAGCCCGGACGGUUCCGACCAGUUCUGGGAUUGGGACCGCUCAUGGAAUACUACAAACCCAGACUUCACUCAGUGCUUCCAGAACACUGUCCUGGUGUGGCUGCCAUGCAUCUACCUCUGGGUGUGUGCCCCUUUCUACCUCAUCUACCUCCGGUGCCACAAUCAAGGUUACAUCUGUAUGAGUCACCUUAACAAAGCCAAAACUGCUUUUGGCUUUCUUCUAUGGAUUAUCUGCUGGGCAGAUGUUUUCUAUUCUUUCUGGAAAAGAAGUUCUGACAGUACAGUUCUUGCACCUGUCUACCUUGUCAGUCCAACCAUACUGGGCUUCACCAUGCUGCUGGCCACCCUGAUAAUUCAGUAUGAACGAAUGAAAGGGGUUCAAUCAUCUGGAGUGUUGUUGGUUUUCUGGCUGCUGGCCUUGCUUUGUGCCACAAUCACCUUUCGGUCCAAGAUUGUCCAAGCCCUGGACCAGCCAUCAACAAUUUGUGUGUGGAGGCACACCACUUUCUUCGUGUACUACAUCCUGCUGCUGGUUUCACUUAUUUUGUCCUGCUUGUCGGAUCAGCCUCCACUCUUCUCCCAAGUUGUUAAAGACUCAAAUCCUUGUCCUGAGCCUGGAGCCUCCUUCCUUUCCAAAAUAACAUUCUGGUGGAUCACCAGGAUGAUGAUGAACGGCUACAAGCAUCCCCUGGAGGAGAAAGACUUGUGGUCUCUGAACCCUGAGGACCGCUCACAGAAAGUGGUGCCAAGGCUGGUUCAAUGUUGGAACACAGACUGCCACAAGGGAAAAAGAACAGAACAGAAGACCUUGUACUCCCCCAGGCAGGCCCGUAACCCUAACAGCAAAGAGAGUCAAGCUACAGAGGAGUCUGAAAUCUUACUAGUAAAAAGCACAAAAAGAAAAGAGCCCUCCCUCCUCUGGGCACUUUGCCGGGCCUUUGGGCCAUAUUUCCUCAUCUCAUGCUUUUACAAGUUCAUUCAAGAUAUUCUCAUGUUUGUUGGACCUGAAAUCCUCCGGCUUCUGAUCCAGUUUGUGAACACCUCCAGCGCCCCCUCCUGGCACGGCUACUUCUACACAGCUCUGCUCUUCCUAUGUAACUGUGUGCAGUCACUCAUCCUCCAGAGGUAUUUUCAUAUCUGCUUCAUCACAGGCAUGCGGCUGCGCACUGCCAUCGUUGGAGCAGUCUACAGGAAGGCCUUGGUUAUCAGUAGUGCUGCCCGCCGCACAUCCACAGUUGGAGAGAUGGUCAAUUUGAUGUCAGUGGACGCUCAGCGCUUUAUGGAUCUUAUCGCUUAUAUUAACAUGAUAUGGUCCGCUCCGCUGCAGGUGGUGUUAGCGCUGUACUUUCUCUGGCAGAAUUUGGGCCCAUCUGUUCUGGCUGGAGUGGCUGUGAUGGUUCUUAUGGUUCCAGUCAAUGCUUUCAUUGCAAUGAAAACCAAAACCUACCAGGUAGCUCAGAUGAAGAGUAAAGACAGUCGGAUAAAGUUGAUGAACGAAAUGCUGAAUGGCAUCAAGGUGUUGAAGCUCUAUGCUUGGGAGCUUGCCUUCAAAGGCAAAGUAACAGAUAUCCGUGAGAGCGAGCUGAAGGUUCUAAAGAAGGCUGCCUACCUUGCUGCAAUGUCUACCUUCACCUGGGUCUGUGCACCAUUUUUGGUUGCCUUGUCCACUUUCACAGUAUAUGUGCUGGUUGAUGAAAAAAAUGUGCUUGAUGCCCAGAAGGCCUUUGUUUCUCUGGCACUCUUCAACAUCUUGCGUUUUCCUCUCAACAUGCUGCCGAUGGUCAUCAGUAGUAUGGUGCAGGCGAGCGUCUCCUUGAAGCGGCUGAGAGUUUUUCUAUCACAUGAGGAACUACAGGAAGACAGUGUUGAUCGCAAAGCAGUAGUAGGCUCCUCAAACAGUAUAUCCAUAGUGGAUGGAGUUUUCAGCUGGUCAAAAACAGAAUCACCGACACUCAAGAUGCUGAAUGUAUGUAUCCCAGAUGGCUCCUUAGUAGCCAUUGUGGGGCUAGUUGGGUCUGGAAAGUCCUCUCUUCUGUCAGCCUUGCUUGGAGAGAUGGACAAACUUGAAGGAAGCGUGGCUGUCAAGGGUUCAGUGGCCUAUGUUCCUCAGCAGCCCUGGAUACAGAAUGCCACAUUGAAGGAAAAUAUCAUUUUUGGCCAGGAUGUGAGUGAAGUCUGGUAUCACCGUGUGGUGGCAGCCUGUGCCCUUGAGCCUGACCUCGAGAUCCUGCCUGCUGGAGAUUCCACAGAGAUUGGAGAAAAGGGUGUCAAUCUGUCUGGCGGUCAAAAACAGAGGGUUAGCCUCGCCAGGGCUGUCUACUGCAACCGCACCGUCUAUCUGCUAGAUGACCCACUGUCUGCUGUUGAUGCUCAUGUAGGAAAACAUAUAUUUGACCAUGUCAUUGGUCCACAGGGCUUGCUGAACAACAAGACUCGUGUGCUGGUGACACAUGGGCUGAGCUACCUGCCUCAGGUUGACAUGAUCCUAGUCAUGGUGGAUGGAGAAAUAACAGAAAUUGGCUCCUACCAGCAGCUCAUGGCCACCGAGGGGGCCUUUUCUGAGUUUCUGCAUACGUAUGCUGGGAUUGACCAUGGAGACAACAAUGAUUCAGAAUCCAAUCCAAAAAUGCUAACCAAAGGAAUGGAGAAUGGAAGUGCAACUCAGCUUACUAGCCAAGGCCAAAGCAGCAGUACAUCCAAACUUUCUCAGUCAGGCAUGGAAAAAGAGGAGUUGGACAAAAAGGCAAAGAACACAGAUGUGGGCAAGCUCACAGAGGCUGAUAAGGCAAGCACAGGACGGGUCAAGCUGGCUGUGUUCUGGGCCUAUUUCAAAGCAAUUGGUGUACUCUCUGGCAUCGCACUGGUGCUAUUUUUUGCUUAUAACUUGUUUUCACUGCUCUCCAAUUACUGGCUCAGUCUCUGGACUGAUGACCCAGUAGUUAAUGGCACACAGCCUAAGAGACAACUGAGAUUGGGGAUAUAUGGUGUUCUUGGCCUGUCACAGGGGAUGACAGUCUUUGGUUACUCCCUGUCAAUGUCCAUUGGAGGCAUUCUGGCGUCUCGCUGUCUUCAUCAGUCCAUGCUCUAUGACGUCCUCCGCUCACCUAUAUCUUUCUUUGAGCGAACCCCCAGCGGUAACCUUGUCAACCGUUUUGCCAAGGAGAUGGACACCAUUGACACAGUGAUCCCCAGUAUUCUUAAAAUGUUCUUGGGCUCCAUGUUUAAUGUGAUAGGUGCUUGUGUAAUCAUCUUGAUUGCCACACCGUACGUGGCAAUCAUUAUUCCCUUCCUUGGUCUGCUCUACUUUUUUGUACAGAGAUUUUAUGUGGCAUCAUCACGCCAGUUGAAGCGCUUGGAGUCUGUCAGCCGUUCACCCAUCUAUACCCACUUUAAUGAAACGCUGCUCGGCACAUCCGUCAUCAGAGCUUUUGGUGAACAAGGCCGCUUUAUAGAAGAGAGCGAUCAGAGGGUUGACCAUAACCAGAAGGCCUACUACCCCAGUAUUGUAGCAAACAGGUGGCUGGCAAUUCGUCUGGAAUUUGUCGGCAACUGCAUUGUGUUAUCAGCUGCUUUGUUUGCCGUCAUAGCCAGAGAGAAUCUCAGUCCAGGGAUCAUGGGUCUUGCGAUCUCUUAUGCCCUCCAGCUGACAGCCUCUCUGACCUGGCUGGUGAGGAUGUCGUCUGAUGUGGAAACAAACAUUGUUGCAGUGGAGCGAGUAAAAGAGUACAGUGAUACAGAAAAAGAGGCUGACUGGAAGCAUGAGACCUCCACCCUUGCCCCUCUGUGGCCAACUCAGGGUUGUAUAGAAUUCAGAGACUUUUCCCUACGAUACCGCCCCGAUCUUGACUUGGCCAUUCGCAACAUCACCGUCAACAUUUCAGGAGGAGAGAAGGUGGGGAUCGUUGGGCGAACGGGAGCUGGCAAGUCAACCCUAACACUGGGCCUGUUCAGGAUCAUCGAGGCAGCUGAGGGGCAAAUAUUCAUUGAUGGGAUAAACAUUGCUGACCUUGGCCUACAUGAGCUCCGCUCCAGAAUUACUAUAAUACCACAGGAUCCAGUAUUGUUUUCAGGCACUCUGAGGAUGAACUUGGAUCCAUUUGAGAGUUACUCUGAUGAGGACAUAUGGAGGUCUUUGGAGUUCGCCCAUCUCAAGAACUUUGUAUCCGGCCUGUCAGACAAACUCAGCCAUGAAUGUAGUGAAGGGGGUGAGAACCUCAGCGUUGGCCAGCGCCAACUGCUAUGCCUGGCCAGAGCAUUGUUGAGAAAGACCAAGAUCCUUGUUCUAGAUGAGGCCACGGCUGCUGUGGACAUGGAGACCGACAACCUCAUCCAGACCACCAUCCGCUCUCAGUUUGAGGAAUGCACUGUCGUUACCAUAGCUCAUCGCCUGAACACCAUUAUGGAUUACACAAGGGUACUGGUUUUGGAGAAAGGAGAAAUGGUAGAAUUUGAUUCCCCAUCCAAUCUCUUGGCGCAAAAGGGAUCCUUCUACAAGAUGGCAAAGGAUUGUGGGCUAGCCUGAAGCUUCGUCACAGCGGUCCUCCUCCACACCACGCCACUGGCUCCCCUUGCUUCUUGUUGUGAGGGUCUUCUGUAAAGGAGUGACUAAGGUGGCACAGCAGUUUAUGUUCGCAUGUUUGAUGAGUCAAGCAAAGAUGUUGGUGAAGGUUUUCACACUCAUACCAAACUUCCAUCGUAAUGGAACUACUCUACUGCCUUUCGUAAGGAAUUAUUAUUUCUUAUUUAUCCCAUAGUUUUAGUGGCUCCUGCUGUUCCAGCCACAGAUGGGGACACUUAUUGAAGCUUUUUUUUUUUUUUUUGGACACCUGUGGUUUUAAAACUGUGGUGAGCAGAUUGCUCCAUUACCAAAGGUUUAGCCCCGGGAUGAUUUGAGUGGAGCUAUUUAGUGGUUUACACUAGGUUCCAUGUACUAGUUCAAAAGUACUCGUACAUAUACUUUCUGAAAACUUGAAAUGUUUUCAGCAAACAUUUAUCUGACAGGAAAUCAAUCACUGAUUUAGGGCCUGUUAUUUGAGGGGGAAAAAAAAAACGUUCCCCAUAAUUUUUGGAAAAAUGUUACAAUACAUUUUUGUAAGUCUGUUUGUUAUUUUAAGGACGUAUGGCGCUGGAACCCGUGAGGUGCCGCACACUAUUUGCAAAGACAAAUUAUUUGCUGUUUUAAUUGUUACUUCAUCAGGAUGGAACAUUUCAGACUCGUGAUGUUGGGUGCGCCUGAUUGGUCAGCAACAUUUGCUGGUCAUCGACUGGUAAUGUCACAGACUUCAGACAGUGGUGGGUUAGAAUGUUAAAUCUUAAAUGCACAAGUUCAAGGGAUCUGUGGGACAGAUUCCACUUUCCUGUCACUUUACAUGCUGCUUUAUUUAUUGUUGGUUUUCUUUGUUCAUCUUCUUAUUUCAGCAGCUUUCAAUUAAUGUUAAUAUUAAAUAUUUAUGUUGAUUAUUUUAUGCUCUUGUGGAGCAGAAGUACUCUGAUCAGUCAUGUGUUUGGAAUUCCAGGAUUCAUAGGAUUCAAAUUUUAGGCUUUGGAGGAUGUUUUCGCCACACAUUAUUUCAAGUGCAUAUUUGAGCCGAGGUGCAGCAUAUCGCUUUACUGAAAAACUAUAGUUUUGUUUGACCUAAGUACUCAAAAAAUAUAGAUAUUUGUAUGUUAGGAGCAGUUUUGUGUACAAUGAAAAGUCCCCGAGCAUGUGCACUCAUAGACAUCAAAGGGUGCUUAAGCCCCCUUACCCUUUUCCUUCCUGAAGAGAAAGUACCCUUAAUCUAUUCUCUUUUUUUUUUUUUUUUUUUUUUUUUUUUUUUUUUUUUUUUUUUUUUUUUUGGCCAUGUCUGCAACAAACCUGUAGACAGGAGCAGAUCUUGGCCCCCUCAGCACAGUUUUUGUUCAGUUUCUCGUGUUUUUGGAGAUGAGUGGUGAUGAAUGAAAUUCUCCACUUCAUAGGUGACAAGAUCAAACAAGUCAACGUGUGUCUUGCCCACGUGCACACGAUCUAGCUGAUGUGCUCGGUUUGGCUAAAUCUCAGUGAAUUGUGAUCUAAUUUGCAUAGAUUUGCAAUUGCCAAGACUUUGCUGGGAAAAGUAAAAGACCGCACAUCACAGAACUUCGUUAUUCGAGAGAGAUCUUUUGAUGUGUAGAGAAGUUGAAAGCAUUUUGGAAGUUUUCUUAUUUUAGAGUGAAAGAGCAUGGAUCCAAAAUUUCAAAAUGACUAGAAUAUCAAUUACAAUCUUUACCUGAAGUGUUUAGUCUUAAACAUCUAUGAAAUAAUUUUGAUUUGUAAACAUCUACAGAGAUGUAUACGUUGCCCCCAUGGAAGGUUGCCUCUGUGAGGAAAAGCAAAUAUGGGAGACAAGAAAAUACCAAAUAAAUUCCAAAGGAAAACAUACAAAGCAUUGAGAAAGUUAUAGUUCAAGACUUUUUGUAGUAUUUUUUUAAGAUGCAUUUUUACAAUUUUCUCAAAUUGUUUGCUUUAAUUUUCAGUGUAGCUGCAUUUUCUUUUUCUUUCUUUUCUUUUUUUUUUAAGAAAAUAUACAAAAAUAGCAGGAGGGAUGUGGAUUGCUCUGAACCAAACAUUUACCUACCUGCUAUUUCGUGCACCACUUGAUCCGCUUAUGGAAAGCACAUAAGAUCAUUUUCAUUUUUGAGUGAACAUUAGGUUUAAAGUUACAUUUAUUUCAAAAGCCAAUAAUUACUGCCUUGUGCAAAAAUAAAUAUUUUGUGCCUGUGCAGCCAAUUAAUUUAAAUUUUGACUUGACUGGCUGCAUACUAAACUAUUUUUUUUGUUUUUGUUUACUCUUAUCAACCCAAGGAAAACCAAAAGUUCUUGUGUUCCCAUGUUUUUUUUAAUAAAAAAGCAGCAUUUAGUGUUCAAUAAUUGUGUAAGGUUACUGAAAUAAAUUGGUAAAUUAGAAAUGUUCUAUUUAUACAACAAUAAAUUAAAAGAUGUGCCCUUUUUCCUCAAAUGAGACCCCCCCCAUGUCUGUGCACGUCCCUGGCACCUGUGUGUGUGUGUGUGUGUGUGUGUGUGUGUGUGUGUGUGUGUGUGUGUGUGUGUUUAAAACAAGACCUUAAAUUUGACCGAAGGUUAAGGAGCUCAAUAGCCAGUUUCGAGUAACAGAUUAGAGCCUUAUAUAUAUAUAUAUAU